AUGGAAGUGCAGGUGAGUAUUAGAAAUCAGCAAUUCGAGAGACUGAGAGAGAUUAAAGUCUUCAUAAUGCCGAAGCAAAAUUUUUCAAAAUUAGCUCAAAAACAUAUUUCAUCGUAUAAAAUGUCACCAAAAAUUGGUCAUUAAAAAUCAUCCUAUGGAUAAUAAACGUCGUGGAAAUACAAGCCUUACACAAAAGGCGCUUUAAAAUACUGCCAGCGGCAAUUUUCGGCCAUAAUCUGCAUUUUCGCAGACCUCUUUUUGCACAGUAAAAUUCAACCAUUUGAUGUCUGCUAAAGCAAAAAUAAAUGUUUAUAGCUAAUUUCUGACGUCUCAAUCUACCAUUAAACAACAAUUUCAAUCCAUAAACAAAAUAUUUUUAGCCUUAAAAGUUGAUAUUAUUUUAGACUGUAGCCCUAAACGCCGUCGAGCGCUACAACAAGAACACCCAUCCAAAACGAGUCGACAUUCUCCUCGAAAUCCUUGAAGCCCAAUCUAGAGAAGCUACACUCGGCGAUGAAUAUAUAAUCUCCCUGGUUAUCGGAGUUACCGGCUGUUCUUUUGAACACAAAAACAAUUGUACUCGAAAAGACGUGGAAUUUGUGGAUUUCGUCAAUGUUGAUGCGCUGAAGACAAUUUCAAUGAAAGAAUAUGUGUUUACAUUCCAUAAAAUGAAAUAA